AUGGCAACUGCAACACUUGAGAGAGGAGGAAGGAGGGAGGUUGGAAUAGUAGAAGUAGGAAUCUUCAAGAACGGGAAGGGAGAGCAUGUUAUCUAUCACCUGAUGUUCAGGGUUACAAAAGUAGAAGAGGUAAGAAGUGCUAUGAGUUCCCUGGCAGCGGAGAAAGAAUAUCUGUCGGAAGAGCAGAUGUCGGAGGGGGGAGUUUGUGUAUCCUCCAGGAGUUCGGUGUUCUACUUGAUGGAGUAG